CAGUGGGCUGCACAUUACAACUUACCCAGAAACAGGCUUCCCCUAGGAGUCUGGGACAAAAUUCAGAGCCUCUCCCGCAAGAAGCAGCUAGAGAUGUGUUUUGUGAGCGGCCCACCCGAAUCUUGGACACCUCUUCAUUCUGAUCAGCAAAAAUACUACCAGCUGCCUCUGCCCAGAGAAAACGUCCUCUUUGUAGAGUCAUUAAAUGAAGUUAAGCAGUGCAGAGAAGCUGUUUUAAAGCCUGGUUGUGUGGUGGGAAUAGACAUGGAAUGGAGAGCCGGUUUUGGCACAGUAUCCUCUCAGCGUGUGGCUCUGAUCCAGCUGGCCGUACAGGAUCGGGCGUUUCUGUUGGACCUUUGUGCUCACGCCAUUAGCCACCACAGCACCACAGUGAACUUCAUCAGAGCUCUGCUGUCAGACAAGAACAUCCUCAAACUGGGUUAUGGGAUGUCUGGAGACUUGCGGAGUCUGGUCAGCACGUGGCCUGAGCUCAGGGAAGAGCCAAUGAAAAUGGAAGGAGUUCUGGACCUGCUUCAUGUCCAUCAGGAGCUUCAACGGUGCUGGUUGGGAAACAAAGGAUGUCGGUCAGUGGAAGUAAGUGAGGGACCAGCGGAGAAGGGCCUGAGUUUGCUAGUGCAGCAGGUAUUAGGAAAACCACUGAACAAAACUGAGCAACUCUCCAACUGGGAACGCCGACCUCUCCGGACCAGCCAACUCCGCUAUGCAGUCACUGAUGCGUACUGCCUGCUAGAUGUCUACCUCGUCCUCUCUCGGGACCCAAAGGCAUUUGGUUUGCCAGAGGACCUCCGCUCCAUUCCCUCAGCCCAACCGGCCAAGAGCCGUGAGGAAAAGAAACUCAAAGAGAAGAACAAGCAGUCUAAAAGAAGAGAGGCUCGGCAGAAGGCGAAUGAGCCCCACUCUAUGGAUGACUGUUUAAAGAUGACUUCGGAGUAUGAAGGGCCCACUAUUACACCACCAGAGCUGCGAGUGGUCUGUGAUAACAUGCUGCAGGGUCUGGGACGUUUUUUGCGCUGUCUGGGGGUGGACGUCAAGAUGCUAGAAAACACAGAUGACCAUAAAGUAGCAGCAGAGCUGGCUCGUGCUGAAGGUCGUGUCAUCCUCACCGCUGGUCAGCCCUACCAAACAUUACGCUCACAGGUCGGAGAGGGCCGCUGCCUGACUCUGGACUGCUCAGAAAAGGCACGUGACCAGGCCGUGCACGUUCUCAGACAUUUCCACGUCCACCUCACCCCUGCAGACAUCUUCAGUCGAUGCCAGGUUAGUUGUGCAUGCCUGUAA